AUGGCGACCUUUUUGACUUGGUUUGUGACGGGACUCACGCUGGCCUCGGCCGCUCUCCACGUUUCUCAAAACGACUCGACCAUCAUUCUCUCCAACAAUCGCCUCACCGCAGUGCUUCAAAAGGAUGCCGGCCAGGUCGUGGACCUGUUCCUCGAUGGCCAGGAUCUGCUGGGUCCCCAGUCCGGGUCAUCGGGCAUUGGGCCCUAUCUGGACUGCUACUGCAUCCCCUCUGGAUUCUACACGGCGGGGGCGACUACUCCGACCAUGCAGGUGGUGCAAGGAGAAGAUGCAACUGGCACGGAAUACGCAGGCAUGAUCCUCACCGACACAUACACCCCGACCGGCCAGGAAUUCCAGCAAUACUGGUUUUUGCGGGAUGGGGAAACUGGCUUGCAUAUGUUUACUCGGCUCGCCUAUCAUAACGAGACGACACCAUUCCUUCGAAAUCUGCAGGAGCUCCGAACAUUGUUCCGUCCAAACACCGAUCUCUGGACCCAUUUGACCUCAAGCGAGGUUCAAACGGCCCCCUUGCCGAGCAAGGACGCGGUCAAACACGAAGUGGUCGUCCAAGAUGCAACCUGGACCUUGAACAACACUCCAACCGAUGCCUACUAUACGCAAUUCGCCGAUUAUUUUACAAAGUACACCUUUUCAAACCCGUGGCGAAACAAUAGUGUUCACGGGCUUUACGCAGAUGGCUCGACCUCGUCUGGGACUACCUUUGGGGCGUGGCUGGUAAUGAACACUAAGGAUACUUAUUAUGGAGGACCAAUUCAUUCAGACUUAACGGUGGACGGCAUUGUGUACAACUAUCUUGUUUCCAAUCACCAUGGAGAAGGCACACCAAAUAUCACGAAUGGAUUUGAUCGCACCUUUGGGCCCCAAUACUACUUUUUCAAUGGUGGCAAAGGCUCCCAAUCGCUGUCGGAAUUGCGGGCGGAAGCGGAAGAGCUGGCCAACCCAGCCUGGAACGCCGCGUUCUACGACUCGAUCGCCAAGCAUGUUGUGGGGUACGCUCCUUCGGGACAGCGAGGAAGUGUGCGGGGGAAAGUGAAGCUUCCAAAGGGCGCUGCCCGGCCGAUUGCGAUUCUUACGGCCAAUGGCGUUUAUUUUCAAGACAACAGUGCAGUUUCAGACUCGUAUCAGUACUGGAUCGAUAUUGAAUCUGAUGGGAGCUUCACCAUGGGCCAUGUCAAGGCAGGGAAAUAUCGACUCACCAUUUAUGCAGAGGGUAUUUUCGGGGACUUCAUUCGUGACGACAUUGUUGUACACGCCGGGAAACAAACAAUAUUCCGUGAUACCUGGGAGGAGGAAUCCUUUGGCACCGAGAUCUGGCGACUGGGCAUCCCCGACAAGUCUUCUGGUGAGUUCCGACACGGCAAUGCCAGAGACACGACGCAUCCUCUCCACCCACCAGAGUAUCUGAUCUACUGGGGUGCGUAUGAUUGGUCCAUGGACUUUCCUCAGGGCAUCAACUACACGAUUGGCACUAGCAGUCCAGCUGCAGACUGGAAUACAGUCCAUUGGUCCGUUUUUGGACCAACGCCGUCAAACUCACAUGUCGAGUACAACACCACCCAUGACUGGAACAUUCACUUUGCGCUGGAUGCAACUGCGUUGCAUCAACGCAAGACCGCCUCUCUUACCGUGCAGCUGGCUGGCGCCAAGACCGCAGCUGGGAACACGGAUGUAUGGAAUGUGAAUGAAAUGUACAACAACCUCUCUCUUCAGAGUUAUAUCAACGACCACCCCGACCCUCUGACACUUGUGAUUGGAUUCAACCAAUCUAGCAGCUGCAUUGUGCGGUCGGCUGUGAGUUGCUACCAAAUCAGCUCCCGUAUGACCUUCCCCGCCAAUUGGCUCCACGCAGGAGACAAUGUGCUGCGACUACAUCUACCCUACAAUGCAACCGAUGUGGAAACGGCCGUCUUGCCUGGGACGGUGUAUGUGCAAUACGAUGCGCUACGCCUGGAGGUCAAAUGA